UAUUGGUGAGUUCCGCUCAUUUCUAAAUUAGUGAGCUCCCAUCCACUUGCAUCAUUUAUAUAGUCACAGAGAGAGAGAGAGAGAGAGAGAGAGAGAGAGAGAGAGAGAGAGAGAGGGAUUCAAUGGCUGACCAGACGCACGGCGCCGUGGACUCGCUGCUGGGCCUUCUGUCGUCGGCGAUCAAGGACGAAGCCCGGCUGCUGGGCGGCGUCCAGGGCGAUAUCCAGUUCAUCAAGGACGAGAUGGAAAGCAUGAACGGCUUCCUCCUGCACCUGACCAAGACGGACACGCCGCACGACGACCAGGUCCGCGCCUGGAUGAAGCAGGUCCGCGACAUCGCCUACAUCGCCCAGGACAUCAUCGAGCUCUACAAGCGCGACCUGAGACCGCCGGGGAGUGGCCUCUGGGCCCUCGUGCGCCACGUCCCCGUAUACCUGCGGACGAUGCCGGCCCGCCACCGCCUCGCCACCAAGAUCAGCGAGCUCAAGGUCCGGGUGCGCGACGUGGGCGAGAGGCGCCAGCGCUACGGCGUCACCGUCCCAGACAGCGCGGCGCUCAAGCCCACGCUGGUCGACCAAGACGGCAAGACCGACGAGAAGAGGGAAGAUUUCCUACGUGCCCUUGAAGAUGACCACAACAGGGAGGCUCCUUGUCCAUCUUUUAGCACGGCGAUCGCCAUGCUCCCUUGUGGUCUUGCAUCUGAAGCUGGCUCAGACAUACAAGGUAUCCUGGAGAAAUGCUUGCCGGAUCACGUCGACAGCAUGAAAAUGCUGCUCCGUGCUCUGUAUGCUUAUCCCUACGGGACCAAAGAUGAACUGCAGAAGUUGUUGAAGAAGCUGACCCACAGAUCAGCAAAUGUGAAAUGGGAAGUGAUGGUUUUCUGCUACGGCAAGCUGUCCACACAUUACAAGAGCUGCCUGCAGUAUCUGACUGCUUUCCUCCAAGAAAUCAGAAUCAGCAGGACGAGCUUGGUCAGGCGAUGGGUCGCCGAAGGCCUAGUGGCCAAGUACGAAGGGGCUCAGCCCAUGGAAGAAGCAGGUGAACGAUGCUUCAAUGAGCUUGUCUUUCGAGGCUUUAUUUGUCCUGAAAAUCCUGGUGCCACCGGCCUAAAAAUCAAGAGCUGCAAGCUGGAUGAUUCAGUUGGGAAAUUCAUCAUGCGCAUCUCCGAAAGCGAGAACUUUGUGGCCGGCGCCCUGCCGACUCACCUUCGUCAUCAGGUUGAAAUCCGAAAGAUUGUUCAACGGCAACCACCACCGGAGAAACCGUGGCCGCGGAACAUCUGGGACGACCUCUGCAUCAGAGUUCCAAGAAAGCAACUUGAUAUGAAGGAUAUUGAUGACUCCACGGCUGCAGACGGCGGCAAGCUGCAUCCCAUGGAUGACAUGGUAAAUCUCCUCAAAAGUCUACCAAAAGAGUAUCGACUCAACGUGCUGGAUCUCGGAGGCUGCAAAGGCUUGAAGAAGCGCUACCUCAAGAGCAUCUGCGAGGUGCUCUCGCUCAAGUAUUUGUGCCUCCGGAAUACUGACGUUUCCCGGCUGCCAAGGCAGAUCAACAACCUCUGGAAGCUGGAGACACUCGACAUCCGGCACACCGUCGUGCCGCCCGCCGACACAGAGCACAUCUUCCUUCCCAAUCUGAAGCAUUUCCUAGCCGGCCAAAUCAUCCGUCAGGCCGGUGACAAAACUGAGUCAUUUCGCACCGUGCGAAUGCCUCGCAAGAUCGGGAAGAGCACGGAGAUACUGCGCCAUGUCGAGAUCUCGCGCGGCGAAGUCGACCUAGAAAGAAUUGGGCAUCAGAAGCAGCUAAGGAAGAUGGGCGUGGUCCUCGACGGCAGCGGAGAUAACAUCAAGCAUUUGCUCAGAACAAUCACCAAAUUGAGCGAAUGCCUGCGCUCUCUAUCAGUCUGGAUCACGCCAUCAGAUAAGGCCGGAGACGAGGGCGUGACUCUUAACAGCGAGGACAGUAUCGUUGCCGCGUUCUCACCUCCCAAGCAGCUUGAGAGUCUCAACAUCAGGUUCUUUAACAGCGGCGUCCCUUCCUGGAUCAGAGGGCUCGAAAAUCUUUCCAAGAUCACUCUACGUGACACCCAAGUGACGAGAGAAGGCAUGCGAACUCUCGGCGAGCUCCAAGGCUUGCGUUGCCUCAGGCUCCGCCACGGUUCAUUAACUGAAAAUAGUAUCACACUGGACAAGGGAGAGUUCAAAAACCUCAGGUUUCUUCUCAUCGAUCAGGUCUCCAUCAUCACUGCUCAAGACGGUGCGGCUCCCAAGCUGGAGAAGAUUGUCUGGACCUUCGACAGGAUGGAGAUCACGCAGGACACCAUUUCUGGGAUCAACCAUCUUCAUAGCCUCAAAGAGCUGGAGCUCCACGGCGAGUGGAACGAUCCAGGAGGUCACAUGAAGCAAGCCAUUGCCGGGCAUCCGAACCGUCCGUCCAUCACAGGUACUCCUGUCCAGACUCGUCUUUCUGGGCCCCCAUGCGCAUGAUGUUCCUUUUACGGAAGAAAAACUCCCUAAUUAAUAAAGGAUUAUGUACGUGUGUCGAGUAUAUAUGUAUAUAUUGUAGCGUGUGCUACUGCAAUCGUAUUUCUGAUCUGAUCGAGCGGUGUGUGCUCUACUAA